AAGAAUGUCCAUGGCAAGUAGUAGUAGUAAUUGCUUGUUUGGGGUGUUGACAUUGUUGUUGUUAGUGGUGGCGGAAUGCAACCCAGUGAACUACAGGGAUGCGUUGGCAAAAUCAUUGCUCUUCUUCCAAGGACAGAGGUCUGGAAGGCUCCCUCCCGACCAGCAGCUCAAAUGGAGGUCCAACUCUGCCCUCUUCGAUGGUCGUUUAGCCAAUGUGGAUUUAAGUGGAGGGUACUACGAUGCAGGGGACAAUGUGAAGUUCAAUUUUCCAAUGGCAUUCACGACAACGAUGCUAUCAUGGGGGACACUUGAAUAUGGGAAGAGGAUGGGUCCGGAAAUCAAAGAAGCAAGGGCUGCAAUUCGUUGGGCCACAGACUACCUUCUAAAGUGCGCGACUUCGACACCUGGGAGGCUCUAUGUUGGUGUUGGAGACCCAAAUGUCGACCACAAGUGUUGGGAGAGGCCAGAGGACAUGGACACUCUUAGAACUGUUUAUUGGGUGUCUCCUCAGAACCCUGGUUCUGAUGUGGCUGCUGAGACUGCUGCUGCCCUUGCUGCUGCCUCCAUUGUCUUCCGAACCGUCGACCCAACAUACUCCAACAUCUUGUUGAGGAAUGCCCAGAAGGUUUACCAGUUUGCAUAUCAGCAUCAGGGUUCUUAUAGUAGUUCCCUUAGAUCAGCAGUUUGCCCUUUUUAUUGCUCCUAUUCUGGUUUCAAGGAUGAGCUAUUGUGGGGAGCUGCGUGGCUUUUCAGAGCAACAAAUGCUGUUUACUACUAUAAUUUGGUCAAGUCCCUUGGAGCCGAUGAUCAACCAGAUAUCUUCAGCUGGGACAACAAAUAUGCCGGUGCACAUGUCCUUCUUUCCAGGAGAGCAUUGGUGAACGGUGAUAAGAACUUUGAACAAUAUAAGCAAGAAGCAGAGAAUUUCAUGUGCAAGAUCUUGCCCAACUCUCCGUCUUCAAGCACACAAUAUACACAGGGGGGACUUAUGUACAAGCUUCCAGAUAGCAACCUGCAGUACGUGACAUCGAUAACAUUCUUGCUUACAACAUACUCCAAGUAUAUGGCAGCAACAAAGCACACAUUCAACUGCGGUGGGGGAGUCCUGGUGACUCCAAAUACAUUGAGGAGUAUUGCGAAAAGGCAGGUAGACUACAUAUUAGGAGAGAACCCAUUGAAGAUGUCAUACAUGGUAGGGUAUGGACCAUACUAUCCCAAGAGGAUUCACCACAGAGGAUCUUCCUUGCCUUCACUAUCAGCUCAUCCGCAGGCAAUAGGUUGUGAUGGAGGCUUCCAACCAUUCUACUAUUCAAUGAAUCCAAACCCUAACAUACUCCUUGGAGCCAUAGUUGGAGGUCCCAACCAGAAUGACGGAUUCCCCGAUGAGCGCGGUGAUUACAGCCACUCCGAGCCUGCAACUUACAUCAAUGCCGCUCUUGUCGGCCCAUUAGCCUACUUUGCUGCUACUGCUUGACUGCUAGUGCUUUCCCUUACGACUUACGGCCUUAAGCCUAAUUAAUUAACUGUAGAUACAACAAAAACAUCUACUUAACCCUCUAGUCUUGUUUUAGUUUUACCAUCCACAACCACAAAUACUUAUGUUGUACGCCGUGUGGUGCAUUAUAUAUCUCAUAGCACCCCAAAAAUUUAUGUCAUCGUCAUUCAUCAAGUCAAAUAUAUUAUGAUUCCCUACUCUCUACAAUACCGAAA